AUGGCUUGGGCUGAUGCAUCGAAGGAGGAUAUUUUAGUGGCAUCUAGAGAGCAAAGGUCCCAUAUUGCACAUAUCAAACAGGCAGCGAUAAGUGGACCUGGAUAUGGGUACAAUGGCCUCUCAGACAGCAGCGGGUUGGCUAUUUUUGCAUACAAAUUACAUCUUGUUAUACAUCAGAGAAGUCACACAGGUGAGAGGCCAUAUUCCUGUUCUGAGUGUGGGAAAUGUUUCGCACACACAUCAUCUCUUGUUACACAUCAGAGAAGUCACACAGGUGAGAAGCCAUAUUCCUGUUCUGAGUGUGGGAAAUGUUUCUCACAGACAUCAGCUCUUGUUACACAUCAGAGAAGUCACACAGGUGAGAAGCCAUAUUCCUGUUCUGAGUGUGGGAAAUGUUUUGCACACACAUCAGGUCUUGUUACACAUCAGAGAAGUCACACAGGUGAGAAGCCAUAUUCCUGUUCUGAGUGUGGGAAAUGUUUCUCACAGACAUCAGCUCUUGUUACACAUCAGAGAAGUCACACAGGUGAGAAGCCAUAUUCCUGUUCUGAAUGUGGGAAAUGUUUCGCACAGACAUCAGCUCUUGUUACACAUCAGAGAAGUCACACAGGUGAGAAGCCGUACUCCUGUUCUGAGUGUGGGAAGUGUUUUGCAUACAAAUCACUUUUAGUUUUUCAUCAGCGUGCUCACACAGGUGAGAGGCCAUUUUCCUGUUCUGAUUGUGGGAAAUGUUUUGCAUUGAAAUCAGAUCUUGUUCCACAUCAGAGAAGUCACACCGGUGAGAAGCCGUAUUCCUGUUCUGAGUGUGGUCAAUGUUUUGCACAGAAAUCGCAUCUUGUUAGACAUGAGAGAAGACACACAGGUGAGAAGUCAUUUUCCUGUUCUGAGUGUGGGAAAUGUUUUGCACAGAAAUCAGAUCUUGUUCCACAUCAGAGAAGUCACACAGGUGAGAAGCCGUAUUCCUGUUCUGAGUGUGGAAAAUGUUUUGUACGGAAAUCAAUUCUUGUUAAACAUCAGCGAUUUCACAGGUGAGAAGCCAUUUUUAUGCUGUGAGAGAAAUAAAUCCGCUCUUGUUGAACAUAUUAGACAUUACCCAAGUACGGAACCAUUUACAUCUUCUGGAGUAUAAUUAUCACUGUCGUCCAAUGUUCCUCAAGGGUCAAUCCUAUCUCCUAAGCUUUAUAAAAGAUACAUACUACCACUGGGUUAUAUAAUCAGACAUCAUGGCCUGGUCUACCACUGCUAUGCAGAUGACCUGCUUUUUGCUCCAUGUACUGAGAACCUAAUACCAAUCCUAAAUGGUUGUCUAGCUGAGCGCCAGGGGUGGAUGAUGCCAGUUGGCUGUGAUUCAGUCUUUGUGAAACAUAAUAGAAGCUCACCAGCAAAGGACAAGACUACAGCUUUACCAACCAUCUGGAUUUAUGCUUUGGUGUUCAGAAUUGCAAAAUACUGAACAUGUGCUGAAUCUUUGUGAUGUCCUGGUUUGUGGCUGACACAGACAUCAGGUAUCCGCCACAUACAAAUCCUCAUUCUUCCAUCUGUGGACCAUAGCCAGAAUCAAGCACUUGAUUCCCUCAGAAGUUCAUAGACUACUGCAAUGCCAUCUACCUGGGUCACCCAGAAAAGAGUUACAGAGCUUGCAGCUAGUACAGAAUGCAGCAGCCAGGCUGUUACCUAACCAGCCCGUUUCUGCCACAUAACACCCAUUCUCUACUCCCUUCACCGGCUGCCUGUAAGAUGGAAAAUCUAUUUCAUAUUUGGCUAACUGACCUUCCCAGCCCAACAUUACAUGGUCCAAGGUACUAGAAGCAGCUUCUGCCUCCUUACUGCCCUGCUUGCUUGUUUCUACAGAUGAAGGACUGUUACGAGCAGUACCAAGAAUCUCCUGUCAUUCAUUUAUGGGUUGAACGUUUAGCUUUGCAGCCCUGACCAUGGAACUCACUGCUUUGCACAGUCCAAGAGACCACCACUCUAGAGACCUUCACAAGCAGACUGGUGACUGUUACUCACGCUUUUCAUUAAUGUACCUCCUAUUUAGUUCCUAAAUAAUACAUCCCAAAUGCUUAGGUCUU